ACUUAACCCAAAGGAUGGCGCUUGCCGUAGAUGAAACGUUAGCGUAGUCUUACGGUUAGCUAGUUUACAUGGAUACGAAUUGCAUUACAUUAGCAGGGUAGCUACAGUUAACUCGAAUUUGACGAUGUUUUGUUGUACUUCUAGAUAAUGUUCAUUUUCUUGGCCAACGUCAGCUCUAAUUAGUUAGCUGGCUAAAGUAGGUAGUUAACGGUUAGCCCGAACUGGUUAGAUAAGUCUCUUUGCUUGCUAACGUUAGUUGCAUAGAAAAGUAGGUAGCUAGCCAAGCAAGAAGCAAUUUCACCUACCAAUACUAAAGAAAUGCACGCGCUAGCUGCGGUGACAUGUGGUAGUUAACUACGAACAUUUUAAAAAGCUUUCCUAAACGUAAACUACGAAGGCCACUUGUUAGUUAUUCAGGUGUUUCAACGCAAACUUCGUUUUUAGUGAAGUCGGUAUCAACUUGCAAAAAAAAAACUUGUUUCUUAUUCCAACACUCGUUACCUGGAUGGCUGCACUCCCGAGAAGAACACUUGCGUUCGAAGCAGGUUUAAAGAGGAUCCGAUAGAGAAAAUGUCAUUCCUAUGCUGAGAUUACUUGUGAGGGUGCGUUAGGUCUAUUGACAGACGAAUGAGGUUGUUGCUUCAAGGGUACCUUCAGCCCUUGCAUCGGAAAAGCAUGGAAGAAAAGUCCUGCUCUUCAAGUGCUGUUGCAGCAGACAGCUCAGUCGACGUGAUGGCUGAGGCAAAGAAAUUGAUUGGUGCCGGGAACAGGCAUCUGGUGAUGGGUGACGUAGUUUCUGCAGUCAACGUGUUCCAGGAGGCUUGCGGCAUGUUGGCUGAGCGUUAUGGGGACACCGCAGAUGAGUGUGGAGAGGCCUUCUUCCUGUGUGGGAAGUCUCUGCUGGAGCUUGCCAGGAUGGAGAACACGGUCCUGGGUGAUGCUCUGGAGGGAGUCCCUGAGGGGUCAUCUGAAGAGGGGGAGAAGCAGGAGAACUCCAAGUUUGAGAGCGCUGACAACUUGGAUGAGGAAACAAGGGACGAGCUUCGAAUGCAGGUCUAUGACGCAAUGGCCGAGAAGGAAACCACUCAUAGGGAAGAUGGGGCAACUGAGCCAAAGGGGAAGAUGGAAACAACAGAAGAGGGUGCUGCCAAGUCUCCUGUCAAGAACGGGAAUGAGCAUUUCGAACCUCCUGUGAAUGGGGUGGAGAAGACUCCUGAAGGGAAAGCGGAAGGUGUGAAGACUGAAGAACAGAAUGGAAAUGGCAAAGAAGUUGAGGAAAAGAUGGAGGAAGAGGGUGAAGGUAGACUUGAUGAUGAUGAUGAUGAAGGGGAAGGCACUGCUGAAGACAAGGAGAGUGAAGAGGAAGUAGGUAACCUGCAGCUUGCCUGGGAGAUGCUGGAAGUUGCCAAGGUCAUCUAUAAAAGGAAGGCGAAUGAGGCGGACCAGUUGAUGGCAGCUCAGGCCUAUCUAAAGCUGGGAGAAGUUGGUGCUGAAUCUGGUAACUACCCUGCAGCGGUGGAGGACUUCCAGGACUGCCUGGCCCUGCAGAUGAAGCACCUGCCCCCCCACAGCCGCCUGCUGGCUGAGACUCACUACCAGCUGGGAAUGACUUACUGCUACACAGGCCAGUACAGCCAGGCCAUCCAGCACUACAGCAGCUCUGUCAAGGUCAUUGAGGGCCGCCUGGCCAUGCUCCAGGAGGUGCUCGACAAGGGUGAGAAUGGCGCUGAGGGGAAGACUGAGCUGGAGGAGCUGAAACUGCUGCUGCCUGACAUUGCUGAGAAGGUGGAGGACGCCAAGGAGAGUCAGAGGACAGCAGGAUCAGCCUCCGUGGCCAUACAACAGACCCUGGCUGGGGCCUCUACUUCAUCAGCAUUCCCAGCUUCAGCAGAAAAAAGUGGACCAUCAGCAUUUGAAGCCAGUCAGAUCGCUGUCACGUCAGCAGCUGAUGGUGUGUCCACCAACACCGCAUUAGACAUUUCCCACCUGGUCAGGAAAAAGAGGAAAAUGGAGGAGAGCCCCAUAAAGGACACAGAUGCUAAAAAGAACAAGCAGGAAACUACAGUUAAUGGCAGCGGUGACUCCGGCUCUGCCAGCAACGAAGUCCAGGAGAAAGGGGCACAGGAGCCCGCCAAGCCGUCCUCUGACUCUUCUGUGUGAUUUGACUUCCUGAUCAUCUAGCCAGCAGAGCAUGCCUGUCCCCCUAACACUUGUUUCUGUAAAUAUGAACAUUCUCUCACUUGCUGACAUUUUUUUUGUAUACUUGUAGUAAUAAAAGUUCAAUAUUUGCAUAUCUGAA